GCAACUUGGGAAAAGACAGUAAGGAAAAAUUAAGGAUGAUGACUUAGCCUGCUGAGAAUGGUGGUCAUGCUCCCAAACAUGAGGCCCUUACUUAGGCCUCCUUCCUUGAGGGGAAACCAUGUUGUUUUCCAAACACUAGGUUCAAGCAGAUUUACCACUACCUUCAUUUUCUGAGGUGGUGUCAGAAUUCAGUGUCAUUGUACCACUGCCCUUGCACAGAAUGCAUUUCAGAUUUACAUGGUCACGAUGGUCAUUUGCAGGUGACGUCAUCUUGGAAGAACUGCAGAUGCCCUAAAUAGGUGCCAUAGCUGUUUGUUCAUUUUCUGCCGCUGGCUGGUGAAUAUGGAUCAAACACUCAACCCAUGCAACAUGUCUUGCACCAAAAGCGCACACUUCUGUGGAGAUAAUAAGAUGCUUAUAGACCCUCUGGUGCUGAAGAAGAAGCUCAAUAGGAUGGCAACAGAGCCAGGAGCCUUUGCUGUUCUCAGCAGCCUGCUGCUAUACGUCACCGAGCUCACGGCCGGGGAUCCACAGAUCAGCAACAAGAGGACAAAAUGGGCAGAAGGUAAAGAAAACCAGGUGAGCUCUAACCAGCCAUGUCCAGAUCCAAUCAGGGUUCAAUAUCCAACCAGAUUUCAGCUCUUGCGGUCCAGGUUUCUAAACAACAAUCGUGAGCCGUACACCAAGAAGAGAAGAGAAGUUGGCAAACUGGUCAUUAAAGAGAAGAUGUGGGUGAGCAGGACUGGUAACAAGCUGGACAGAAGUAGAGACAGGAAGGGAGAUGGGAAAGCAGUGGAGGAGGAUGCAGAUGUAAUACCCAGUGAGAGGGCAAGGUGGAGUAGUGUGACUGGGAAAAACACAGUGAAGAACAUCCUGAAGAAAUUUUUAGCUGCUGAAGAAAAAGAAGCCAAGGAGAAGUCUCCCAGCUGGAAAAAGAAGGGAACAAACAGCAGUUUGCCAAAAAUAGUCAACAAGAAUUCAGUCUUGUCCAAACUGAAGGAGCAGUUUGAACAAAGCACUCUCUGCUCAGCUGCAGAGGUGAAAGCAUCACUCUUGCGCAAAGGUGAGAGAAAGACUAAAAACUUCCCCAGCAGAAAAGCUAUUCAUAAGCCUGAGGUCAGAGUGCUGCGCAUGGCAGCAAUGACAGCCACAGGUAUAAAGAGCCCAGAUUCACAAAAUUUAGUGUGCUCCAUGGUCCCAGUGCCCAGACUCAGCAUGGCUACCAAAAUUAACCAUCCUUGGAGCUGGUCGAAAAAUAAUGCCACAAAGCAGCCUUUUGGUCACGCCACACUACUGAAGGAAAAGGAGGGAUCCAACAGAGACCACGGAGAGAACAAAACACUGGCAAAUGCAGCACAGGACAGGGAGGACAAAGAAGAGUUACUGGUGGCACCAGAGGCCAUGUCAGAUGCGAAGGACAGUGCUGAGGCUAAAAUAGAUUCCACAAAACAGGGACCCAACUUUCAUCUUGUUCUAGAUAACUCUUCAACUACGCAUGAAAACAAAGCCCUCGCAAACUCCAUUCCUCCCUUACCUGAAUGUGGUCUAGACUGUGACAGGACUAACAUGCCAGCUGGGCCUGACACAUCUUCACUAUUGGGAAUUACCAAUGCUCUGCAACAUGUUAAGGAAGACAGCCCACCUUCUGACUCACCUGACUAUAGCACAGCUGGAGAAUCCCAUGAACAAAGUCCUCAGGAUACCAAACCAGGAGAGAUUCCUGAAAUAUCUCUGUAUGUAUACUGUUCAGACGAAGAUGACACAGAGCUCACAGAGCCAGAAAAAGAUCCUUUCUUUGCAGGCCAAAAAUGUUUUCCAGAGCAGAAAGUACUGGAAAACAUUCUGCCAUUUUACUCUCCAAAAUUUUCAGCAUCUUGUGAACUUGAGUCUUCAAUGGAUGAUAGACAGCUGACUGUCCUAACACCAGCUUCUGGCACAAAGCCACCAAUAGAGGCGCUGGAUUUAAGAGUCAAAUGUUCAAAGGAAGCCAAAAAAGAAGCAACAUUUCACAGUGAAGACAAAAUGCCUGCUAGCAAAAAUGAUAGUGAUGUCCCAAACAGAGAGGAGGAGGAGAAUAAGACACCCAACAGCCAAAUGCAAAAUGGAUUAAAAACUAUGCAGGCUCAGCCUCCUCAAGUGUAUUUUAGCUCACAAAAUAACUUUAAUGUUUCCAAUGGGGACAUGCCAGUUCCAGAUGCAAAUCAGAACAAACCUACACUCUUCUCAAAAGAGAGCCUGGAGCCAAAGCCUGGUGCUGCAGAAGAGGAGAACACCUCUUCUUUGGAAAAGAUACUGAGCCCUUUGCCAGAUGACCUUGUGAAGCAUAGUUUCUUUAUUUCAGAAGAUUUUGGGCAGGACAAAUUCUCUUCAUCCAAUGAAGUGAUGAAUCACUCAAACAACCAAGCCCUGCAAAGGAGUUCCUUAACUGACCUGGAGACCUGCCACAAGCCAUCUGAAUCUUUCAUUGAGCAUGAAGAGGACACUGCAGAUGAGAUGCCCUGGUCUGACUCUGAGGCAUGGCAGUCACCCUUGUCAAUCCCUUUACCAAUAUCAAUGAGUGGGAUUGCAGGACAAAGUAUCCAUCACACUCUUGGAAAUACUCCAGCACUUCCACCUAUUGAUCUGGUGGGACAGGGAGCUGGUGCUGUGGAACAUGAGCAUGACAGCCAUGGCUGUGAGAAGCAUCCACACCCCCUUUCAGAUGAGCUGACAGAUUGUGGGAAUGACACAAUGGGGAAGAAGAAAACUAUGUUUGAUUUUAAGAACCAAGCACGAUUUCCAGAUAAUGCAACAGAAAAUGAAAAUUCUACAGACAAAGAGACAAAUUCAUGUCAGAGACUUGAGAACUGUCUUUCACAUUCAAUCACAAAGCCAGGAAAACGUGAAAAUAAAACCACACUACCAGGAAAUCCCCUAUUACCCUUGGAGAAGAGCCAAACACCAAUAUUAGAUGAUACCAAAAAGCAUGGAUGUGAUAUGCUAGAAGAGAACCCAAUUCCUUCAUCAGCUGAAUUAAUCUCAAACCAGAAGAAGGAUGCAAAAAGUAGAAAUAAAAUAUCUGAGUACACAAGGGAUAAGCUCUUCUCAUCAGAUGAUGACAUGAAGCAUGAAAGUGAUAGGAUGGAGAGAGAGGAGAAAGAAGAGAGAAAUGUCUUGCAUAAAUUUGAGGAGGAACAAGUAUUCACACCAAAUGAUACUGUGGACUAUGAUAAUAACUCUUCAAAGGAGAAUGAUGCUCAUAGUCCUCAAACAUCCCAGUUACCUUCAUCAGAGAAUGAUACUAACAUUCAAGGAGUGAAAAAUACUGGACAGAGUUUGGAGCAUCUAGCAUCUCCAAGAGAUUUGGUGAAACACAAACAUGAUAUGACAGGCGAUGAAAACAUCUAUUGCAACAAUAGGAAAAAACAUCUGGACUCAACAGAUGAGCCAAUGAAACAUACUAAUGACAGUGAAGAGCUAGAAAACCUUGAGUCAGACUUCCACAAUUAUUCAGUGCUGCCAAGAAAUACAGCAAGGCAGGACAGUAAGAUGGCUGAUGAGGACAUUACUGCUCUAGAGACACAGAAACAGAUGUCACCAGGUGACCUUGUAAAGCCUGAAGCUAAGCCAGACAAAAAAGAGACUAAACAUACCUCUGAGAAGUUCCAGUCACCUUCUUCAAACAAAGUGGCAAAUUGUCAUGACAGAAGUUCUUCAGGAGAGAGGAAGCAAAAUAUAUCAGCAGCAGAAGACACUGGAUCACCUGAAACAGAGGUAGUAAAAGAGGAUAUUGAGCAGCAGUUUUCUGGGAAGCACCAGCUACCUCCAUCAAGAAAAUCAGAAAUGGAUGAGCAAAAUAUUCCAGGAGACAAACAGCAAAUGAGAUUUGAAGAUUUUCUGACACCUGAUACAAAUACUGCAAAAGAGAAAGACAAAAUUCCAAGUUCCAGGAAGUAUCCAUCAGUACCACCAGAAACAUUGGUUAAGCCCCAAGAAAAAAUUACUCCAGAACAAAAGCAAAAAACAUCAGAUUCUUCAGGUUUUAAGAAGCCUGGUACUAAUUAUGUAAAAGAAAAGGAUGGAGAUCCAAAUUCUGAGAAGCUGCCUUCUUCAAAAGAAGUGCUGAAGCCUCAAGAAAAAAGCACUUCAGGAGACAGGAAGCAAAAGAAACCAGCAGGAGAGGACACCAGGUCACCUGAAGAAAAGGCUGUAAAAGAGAAAGAUAAAUACCAAGGUUCUGGGAACCAUCCAUUACCUCCAUUAAGUAAAUUACUGGAGCCUGAGAAAAAUAUUCCAGGAGGAGAAAAACCACAAACUGUAUCAGAAACUUUUACAAAGACUAAUGCAAAUGCUCUAAAAGAUAAAAGCAAAGAUCCAUCUUCUGGGAUGUGCCAGUUCCCACACCCAAAUUUGCCUGUGAAGUCUCAAGAAAAUAAUGCCACAACCAAAAAGGAGCAUUUGCCACCACCACAUGAUGAAAAGCCAACAUAUAAAGCUGGUAGUCCGGAAAAGAAUAGUGAACCUGAGAGAAGAGAGAAAUACCAGCUAGGCUCUUCAGCUCAGUCAGAGAGGCACAGCAUUGAUGGCUCAGGACAGGAGGGCCCUGUGGAUGAUUUCAGAAACUAUCAAUCUCCAUUGCCAAGCAAUGGCAUAAACUGUAAAAGCAGUGUUGCCCCGAAAGAGACCAGCUUGUCUAAUACAGAGAAAUCCCCCAAAUCAUCCUCAUCAUUACAUGUUGCAUCAAAAGAUGAGGUAAAUCCUACUGGAAGCAGAGAAAAGCAGCCUGGAUUUAAGAAGUACAAAGCACUCUCGUCAAAGACGUUGGUGGGGCAUGAGAAAGAUGCUGCUGAAAGGGAGGGGAGCAGGCAGGCAGCUGGCAAAACAAGUGAGAAAAAAGCAGAGCUGGAGGACUGCUCCAAAGUAACACCAUUCUCAAAAUACACAGUGGAAAGCUACAGUGAAGGAUCCUUAGAUUCGGCUUUCAAACCAUUGAUCAUUAGAGUAACUGACACAUUUAAACAUCACAGCUAAAAAUUACAGCUACAGCUUAGGCAAGAACUUACAACAGAUCAUGCUACCGAUUCACUUGAUCUUUCUUUUCUCCUUUUUUCUCCAGGGCAUUAUAUUAUCAUUUUUUAAUCACAAGGACAUUGAAGUGCAUCUAUCAGAGAUAGGGUUUUUUUCUUUCUUAAACAUUAGCCUGAAGACAUGAAUUAAAUUAAUCACUGCAAGUGAAUUAGCUAAUCACUGAAUUAAUCAUCAGUUUAUAAAUUAAAUAUGAGAAGGGCUUUGAGAUCAGCAUGAAUUCAGUCCUGCUUCAAAUUCUCCUUGCUAACUAAUGGGCUUUGUUUGCAACAAAGACAACUGUUCAGGCUGAACUCUAUUUGUAUUUACUUGUUCUAAUGAAACUCUGCUAGUACUUCUUUCAGGAAUAGUGGUAGGCAGUAUAGUUUUAAUUAUGUCAAAAAGCACUUGUUCUAAGCUCUGCCUUUUCACAGAUUAGCAGGAACUGUUGAUCUAUUGCUGCUCUGAGUGACACUGUUAGCAGAAGUAGUGAGGGAAGGAGGGGAAUGCUUCAUUUAUCUGCAGAAAAAUCCUCAAAAGACAUUGAUGCUACAAGGGGAUUUACCGCAAAUGCAAAUGGUCAGCCUCAUUAAUAUUAAUAUUGGAAAAAUUGUGAUUUUGCCUCCUCUGAAGCUAUUUGCACUCUGUCCACACACACUGUAUGCAUUAUUGCUGUAAAAGUAUGCCAUUUCAAGAGGUUCUUAAUUACUGCAAAUGAAUAUGCAACAAGUGUAAGAGCUCAAAAAAGCUCAAUGCUGAAAGGCGAUGAGGACAAGGUAAGCCAGAGGGGCUCAACACUUUGACAUAGCAAUUCAGCUUUUCCUGGGACAUCUGUCCCAUUACAAAUGCUGGGGCACACAGACAUGAGGCAGGUGCCUCAGCUCACAUUUAAAGUCUUAGAAAGUUUUUAUUUUACAAUGCAAUGUGAAACAGAGCAGUAAAAAGCAGCCAGUGUCACUGAAUCCUACUAAUAGGGUAUGAAUUUUUGUGUUUACAAUAAUAGCAUCUUCUGCAAAAGGUUUGUGUUUGAUGAACAUUGUUCUGGAGAAGAGAGGGCAGGGUUGCUGCCUGGGGUGUCUUUGUAAAGCUGUGACAGACAGGACGUCUCACAGUGCCAGCUCUCCCAUACACAAGUUUAGCCUAGCAUUUAAACAGCACAUUCAUAUUAAAACUUACUGUGGAGGAACCUAAAGGCAUAUCCUAAGGACUCAACUUCAGCAGGAGAGAGGGUUCAUGCAAACAAGGCCCUGCUUCCCUGUGGCAGUGAAUUCCCUUCCAUUUUUAUGACGCUCUCCAUAACCACCCUCUGCAGCUGAGGUCUGGCUGUUCCUUAAGCCCAGGUUGGCAGAAUGCCCCCACCCACUGCCAUCAAGAGACUGAGGACAAGAACAGGCUGGCAGCAAGCUGAGAUCAAACCCAUUUGUCAGCACAAUGCACACGAGUCACAUACGUGACAACAGUGCUGGCCCAGUCGGGGACAUUGCUGGGAGGAAGUGGGAACGUGAACAUCGUGUCUCCUGACCACUGAAGAGGCUUAAACUUUGAUUUCAUUUUCCUUCCCAGCCUGCCAAGAAUUAGGCUUUCUGGCAUACAGAGGGUCACAAAAUAAAAAAUGUAUUGGUAUAUCAUACCAGUGCUCAAAAACUAAAAUAGAUUUUAUUGGAGAUACAACACUGCCCGUGCACACAGCGGUUUACUUCACCCACCAAACUUUUAUAAGCUGGGAACUGUAAAGGCCACUUUGUUAUAAGCCAAAAGCACAAUUUACUUUUUAUUGUCCAUGAUUUCAUUUCACAUUUGAGAAAAGUCCUUACAGCAUGGAGCAUUUGCACCAGACUUGAAUAAUAAAUUCUCUAUUAGCUGGCUUCUUCUGUCUGUACAGGAAUAUCACAGAAUCACAGAAUUGUUGUGAUUGGAAAAGAUUUCUAAGAAUAUCGUGUCUACCCAUUACCCAGCUCCACAAAGUCCACCACUAAACCAUGUCCCUAAGCAUCACAUCCACAUAUUUUUUGAACCCUUCCAGGGAUGGUGGCUCCACCAUUUCCCUGUGCAGCCUGUGCCAAUCCCUGACACUCAUUUUGGUGAAGAAAGUUUUCCUAAUAUCCAAUCUAAACCUCCUCCAGCACAACUUGAGGCCAUCUCCUCUCGUCCAUUGCUUGUUACCUGGGAGAAGAGACCAACACAAACCUCACUAAAACCUCCUUUCAAGCAGUUGUAGAGAGUGAUGAGAUCCCUCCUCAGUUUCCUUUUCUCUAGGCCAAACACCCUCAGCAGAUCCUCAUCAGACUUGUGCUCCAGACCC